AUGCCUGACACAUUUUAUUCAUGGUUUAAAGUUACUGAACUUCAUGUAUGGAUGCUGUUGGUACGAUUACAUCAAGAUGGACCUGAGAGUAAAAAAAUUAGACAGUCAUUAAUAAAUGCAAUGUGGGAAGAUGCAUUAAAACGUUCUAAAACUUUAGCUCCUGGAAAUAAAAAUAAUCGUGAGGAUUUCAAAUUUCUUUUAAAUAGUUUUAGUACAAUAUUAUUUGCCUAUGAUGAAGGUUUAUUAACUAAUGAUAAAGUAUUUUCUAAUGCACUUUGGUAUUAUUUUUUCGGAGAAAAAUGUGAUGAUCCCAGAAAGAUAGAGGCACUUAUAAGAUACAUCAGAAGUCAGAUUGCGCAUUUAAAUGAAAUACAAACGAAAAACAUUAAAGAUGAAAAUAUUACUACAAAAAUUUGGAAUUCUGUCACUCUUAAAACCUAA